CUGAAAUCAGUUCCCAUGAAGAUUAUUCCUUUACAAUGUAGGCAGACAUACAUUUGCAGAUGUGGAGUUUAUGAAUUCUGUAUGACUUGGAGAAAUGAGCAUCGAGAUCAAAUAAAUAUCUUUUUUUCAGACCCUUCUUCUCUCACUCUAGAAUAUCACAGGUAUGGUGCCAGGCGGCUGGAGAUCAAUCCUGCAGUCAGUAUUUCAUAGGGACAUUUUGGUUAAGGGAAACAGUCGCAUUUGAGAUGAUGCGGCAGUUCCCAUCUCUUGGAAGAACUGGAUUCAUCCUCCUUAAAUGCUUCCCAAGAAAUGGCGAUCUACUUUCACAGCAAUUCCGAGCAUCCUGGCGCUUCCAAGCCUCCCUUAAGCUCCUCCAGCAUGACCUCACGAAUCCUGCUACGCCAGCAGCUCAUGCGUGAGCAGAUGCAGGAGCAGGAGCGUCGGGAGCAGCAGCAGAAGCAGCAGGCAGCCCAGUUCAUGCAGCAGCGAGUACCCGUCAGCCAGACACCUGCCAUCAACGUCAGCGUCCCCACCAGCCUGCCCCCCGCCACCCAGGUACCCAUGGAGGUCCUCAAGGUGCAGACUCACCUUGAGAAUCCAACCAAGUACCACAUUCAGCAAGCCCAGCGGCAGCAGGUAAAGCAGUACCUCUCUACCACUCUAGCAAAUAAACAUGCCAACCAAGCCCUGAGCUUGCCAUGUCCAAACCAGCCCGGUGACCAUGUCAUGCCGCCUGGAACUGGGAGCAGCGCACCCAACAGCCCAAUGGCUAUGCUUACCCUUAACUCCAACUGUGAGAAAGAGGGAUUUUAUAAAUUUGAAGAGCAAAGCAGGGUUGAGAGUGAGUGCCCGGCUCUGAAUACACACUCACGAGCAUCAUGCAUGCAGAUGGAUGAUGUGAUUGAUGAUAUAAUUAGUCUGGAGUCCAGUUACAAUGAAGAAAUCCUUGGCUUGAUGGACCCAGCCCUGCAAAUGGCGAAUACGUUGCCUGUGUCUGGCAAUUUGAUUGACCUUUAUGGCAACCAAAGCAUGCCUCCUCCAGGACUAAACAUCAGCAACUCAUGUCCAGCUAAUCUUCCUAAUAUAAAAAGGGAGCUCACAGAGUCAGAAGCGAGAGCGUUGGCUAAGGAGAGGCAAAAGAAAGACAAUCACAACUUGAUUGAACGAAGAAGAAGAUUUAAUAUUAAUGAUCGUAUAAAAGAACUAGGCACUUUGAUACCCAAGUCAAAUGACCCGGAUAUGCGCUGGAAUAAGGGAACUAUUCUAAAAGCAUCAGUGGACUACAUCCGUAAGCUGCAGAGAGAGCAGCAACGCACAAAGGAGCUUGAGAACAGACAGAAGAAGUUGGAACAUGCCAACAGGCACCUGCUGCUCCGAAUACAGGAACUCGAGAUGCAAGCUCGGGCACACGGACUGUCCCUUGUUCCAUCUACAGGCCUUUGCUCCCCUGAUAUGGUCAACAGGGUCAUCAAACAAGAGCCUGUGCUGGACAACUGCACCCAAGACAUGAUGCCGCACCACACAGACCUGUCCUGCACUACCACCCUCGAUCUCACCGACGGCACCAUCACCUUCAGUGACAACCUCGGCAGCGUGACUGAACCGACUGGCACUUACAGUGUUCCUGCAAAAAUGGGAUCCAAACUGGAAGAUAUCUUGAUGGACGAUACCCUCUCCCCCGUCGGGGUAACUGACCCACUACUUUCCUCUGUGUCUCCCGGAGCGUCGAAGACGAGUAGCAGGCGGAGCAGCGUGAGCAUGGAGGACACCGAUCAUGCUUGUUAGCAUACACUUGGCCCACCUCUCAUAAACUGCUUUGUUUCUUGAUCAGUAGAUUAAAUAAUUUACCUUUUGUAGAAUUUUUUUGAUUUUUUUUUUUUUUUUCCCUUGUGCUUCAUCAGUAGCCCAGUGUGUGUGCGUGUGUGUAUAUAUUAUAUAUAUAGGAAUUUUUUUAGAAUUUUUGUGAAGAAACUUGUAUAUUCUAUUUUAAAACUACCAUUGCCUCCAAAAUAUUGUACAGCAUAUGUACAGGAUCUGUGAACUGGAUUCGCCAAGAACUUUGAACUGGUCAAAUCUACUCAAAGCAAUAGAAUUACAAAUGAAGAGUAUGUUUCUACUGGGGGGGGAGGGGGGUAUCAUAGAAUUGUAAAUGCAACCUACUUACUUGGAAACAAAAUGUAAAGUUAAAGAAUGUAAAGAAACCAAAAAAAAAAAAAAUGUCCAAUUUGUAAUUGUAUUAAUUUAAUAGUGCUGCCUUAAAGAUACAGUGUCCCUCAGAGUUGGUCUUUACAUGACAAGUGUUUAGGGAAAAAUGCCCACCCUAUUCCACUCAGAAUACAAACAAACAAAAAAAAAAAGGUGUUAAGACAUCCUGAUUGUGUUGAUUGCGAUAUAAAAUGCCGUUGCUGAAAAUUGCAGGGAGAUGCGAGUCUGUUUCUCAGAGUGCUGUUUAGUUUUACUCUGAGCUGAUUUGGGUUUUCCUUUUGAUCAUGGUUCGAGUUUUUCUCUUAGAUUUUUAUUUUGUUUUGUAACACGCGUUGAUGGCUUACCAACAGUAAACCAAGCAGGAACACUGUAAGUUGGUAUACACUCUUUGGACAAAAAAAAUUGAUACAUUUUAUCAGCUGGGCACAUUAUGUUGUACAUAUCUAAUUGGCUUUAUUUUUUUUUUUUUAAAUUGCAUUGUACAGUUUAUUUUGAUUUGCAUGGAUUCCUUAGUUAUCCUCAACUUUUUGUUUUAAAUAUAUUUGUAUUUCAUUUGUAAGAUUUUUGCCUCUUAAUAUUGCAACAAUUUUUUGACAUUUUUAAAACUCAUUGGAGGUUUUCUGCGUACAUUGUAAACACUUGAAAGGAAGCUUUUAUGCAGGGUUCUGUGUUUUAAGAGAGAUUUUGAGAAUAUUUUGUAUAUUACAGUCUCACUUUGAAAAUGUUUUUAAACACAUUUAAGGUAGAAUACAAAUUUAGAUUAGGUAAUAAAACAACUCUGUAGAGAAACUGAACUUACAUAUUUAUUUUUAGUGAUACAGAAAAAAAAGUAGUAAUAUGCUUGAAAACAUACCUAUGUAGUUAAUAUACCCGUUAUAGUAAUUUGUGUUUUAUUUCAGCACUGGGGCUGACAUAUAAAAAAAACAAACAAACAAAAAAAAGAGUAAAUUACUGUAUCUGCAAAUAACUGUUACUUGAUAACAAUGUUAUUAAUUUUUAACAUGCAACAAUGUUGUAAAAGUAGUUCGGUGCAUUAUCUACUCAAGUGUAGUCCUAUGCAAUACUGGUAGUUAUACUUGUAUUAUAUCAAGCCUAGGUGUUUUACAGAGGUGACCUGUGGUGUUACGAGCUAGACGGAGUGAAUGAGUUUCUCACUAGCAGCCUACAGCUGACUCGCGGGCGGCAGGCAAGCGUAUCUCGUUCAGAAUGAAGUGCCUUAAACUCUAGUUGUAGUCUUCCUCGACUAGCACUGACUGAAGUGUGGCAUGGGAGAGAGAGAGCCUUAGCGCCGUGGUUUAUAGGACGCUGCAGUGUAGCGUGGUGCCUACGUAGAGAAAACAAGAGCUUCCCGUUCUCCUUUGUGCUACACUGGAAAUUACAUAGGAUAAGUGAAGCGGUUAGUGACUUGAGUGCCAGUUUGGCAGGCUUUAUAAGGAAACCUUGGUCGCAGCAGUGAGUGUCCAGAAACCAAAUGUGAAUUGGGUCGCGAUGGCCAGCCGGGGGUGACGUCGGGAGUUCCCGGAGCCUGUGGGGCGGCUCGCUGGGCUUCCCCCCCCCCCCCCCCAAAAAAAAAUAACGUUUCCGCAGGGAGCUCUGGAAGCAGCCCCUGCCCAGCCCCACUCCUGCUGGUGCUGAUGGCCGGGGGGGGCUCGGCGGGACGCCGGGGGCUGCGCCGCUGUCGCCGGCUGAGCCCGGCCCUCUCCGUUUCUGCUUGAGCAGCGAGCUGUGCGUUAGUGUUGGUGCAACCACCUUUUUUUUUUUUAAUUAUUUUAUUUUUUGCAGGAGGAGCUGGAGUUAGAUUAUAAUGAUGCCUCUCCCCCCCACCCCCAGACAGCUUUUUGGGAAUGUGUCUUUCCUAGAGCAGCGAAGCUCCGGCCCAGGGCAGGACCCAGGAUGCGCUGCAGACGCCGUGGUUCUCGCGCAGGGAAACGCUCCCCGUUCCCUGCAAGGCAGCUGCGCCGUCGUUAGCUCCGAGCUGAGUGUGUGGGUGCAGGCUUCUGGUGCUGCCGUUUGGUAACGGUGACAAGUAAAGAAAAUCGGGGCUGCGAAAUGCUUGUAGCUGUAACACAAGGCCGCGUUACCUUCCCCCAGUAAAAUGGGACAGCCCUGCAGCAUUGUACAACAAAAUCGGGGGGUGCGCGCUUGAGUGUGGUAACUGAGAACCACUGAAUAUAUUGAAUAAGGCUUUAGGUUUGAUGCCCAUGCUGGGCAUUCAGAAAUUGAAGUCUAGACUGUGGUAUAUAAAUAUUUUUUUAAAGCUUACGUAAAACCACUGGUACUCGUUGACAGCCAUGACUUCUGAUUUUUGGCUACAUGCUACACAGAGAUGAAUUAGGAUUGAAGGAAAACUGUUACAUCAAGAGCUGGAUUUCUUGAUAAAAGUCACUGUGGCCCCAGCAGCUGUGUUGUGUGCUCUCCGUACAUCGUGUUGCUCUGGGGUAACAUAGGACUCGGCUGUGCCCUGCUCACUCUUUGCCCCAUGUUUCCUUAGGCUACAGCCCCCCUCUGAGUUUGCCCACCCUUUGAAUGGACGCGUGCUGACACUGCAGUGGGGACACCUCUAGGAGACACGGACCUCCGGGCGGGUGCUAACUGGAGAUGUCUUUGCCUGUUUGAGCACCCUGGAACGUGUGGCCGGGACCUUUUACAGGGGAUCAAUGGCAGAUGACAGAGACAGCAAUUACAGGCAGGGUUUGGCAUGAACUAGGUGGAGUGAGAUGGACAGAAGUUGUUGCCCAGUCUGAUGAGGGUGUCUUGGGUGACACCGGGCUGGUGGUGGCUUCCCUGAGCGGGCAGGCGGGAUGCCUACCAGUUCUCACUUUGCCAAAGCCAUGCAGCAAGCAGGAAUGUGCAGAGUACCGUGAAGUUCUUCCUUACUGCUUUUGGCCUACAAAGCAAUAUUUAACUCUUACAACCUGUAAAAGCAAAAAGAAGGUACAUAAGGAAAGCACAAAGCACAAAAUAAUGCACUUACAUUUAUGUUGUUUGACAUAAAAUGCACUGGGGGGGAAGCGGAUGUUGAUAAAAGUAUAAAUACCUAUAUUUCUUGAAAAAGUGACAUUAAUUACUGCCUCUUGCUAUGAUGCUUGGUACUGUAAUGUUGAUAUUCAUCUGCUGUUGACUGCAGCAAUAAUUUGUGUAUGGUCCAUAGCACUGUAAAUUAUGGAUCAAUAUUAAUGUAUCCAAUGAAAUAAUUUGAACUGUUGUUCUUGAUAGAUGGAUUAAAGCAUUUGGUUUUUCACAUA